GGAGAGCAAAAACAAAGAGAAAGAAGGAAGGGAAUAGGCGAAGAAGAAAAGGCUGCAGCGUUGCUUUGCGCUGCGCAAGUGACAUUUUUUUCGGCUUGUUUUGCGGGAUUUCGGAGGCGCUCGCUUGCUCGCGGUUUUCCGCCGAAUCGACUCGUCCGUCGCCAACACAGGACGUCGGCAGGCAGCGGCUCUUCGUCGUCAUCUAUUCGUCGUUCCGGGGACGGACGGACGGGCAUCCAUCAGGCGGCCUAUCCGACGCAUGGCGCUGAGACGAGGACACGUCAGGUACUUGAAGGUGUGCGAGGUGCAGGCGCCCCAGACGGACGACCCAGAAGCUCAAGGAGCCGCCGUGGAAAAGGAGAUGUACGACAACGGCUUCGCCCGGGACGACGACGACUCCAGGACCAACCUGAUCGUCAACUACUUGCCGCAGAGCAUGAACCAGGACGAACUGCGCGACCUGUUCGCCAACGCGGGAGAAGUGGAAUCGGCCAAGCUCAUCCGGGACAAAGUCACCGGCCACAGUUUAGGUUACGGCUUUGUUAACUUUGUUAACGCUAGUGAUGCCGAGAGGGCAAUCAGUUCCCUCAACGGCCUGAGGCUUCAGUCUAAAACCAUCAAGGUGUCGUACGCCCGGCCCAGCUCGGAGACCAUCAAAGACGCCAACCUGUACAUUAGCGGUCUGCCGCGCGGCGUCGGUCAGCAGGACCUGGAAGAUAUGUUUUCCAGUUUUGGACACAUCAUCAAUUCCCGCGUGCUGGUGGACCAGGCCUCAGGUCUGUCGAGGGGCGUGGCCUUCAUCCGAUUCGACAAGCGGGCGGAGGCGGAGGAGGCCAUCAAACAGCUGAACGGUCAGACGGCGCCCGGCGGCACGGAAACCCUGACGGUCAAGUUCGCCGCCAAUCCCAACCAGGCCCGCCACGCCCAGGCGGCGGCGUACAGCUACCACGGACAGUCACGUCGCUCGGCCGGACCCGUUCACCACCAGGCGCAGAGGUUCAGAUUCUCCCCGAUGGGGGCGGAUUACGGCGGCGGCGGCGGCGGCGGGGCUCCGGGAGGCCCCGCGGGCUGGUGCAUCUUCAUCUACAAUCUGGGCCAGGAGGCGGACGAGGCCAUGCUGUGGCAGCUCUUCGGGCCCUUCGGCGCCGUCAGCAACGUCAAGGUCAUCCGCGACUUCAACAGCAACAAGUGCAAAGGCUUCGGCUUCGUCACCAUGAGCAACUACGAGGAGGCGGCCGUGGCCAUCCACAACCUCAACGGCUACAGGCUGGGAGACAAGGUCCUGCAGGUCUCCUUCAAGACGGGCAAAGGCCACAAGUAGAUGGCGAGCCACCCGGAACCUUUUUUUAGUCGAACUGGUCUUGUAGGCAGACUCCCAUUUUUCCGUCUCGCUCCUUCCUUUCUUGUUCGUUCAACCCAAAAACAAAUAAAAACUCGUUCCAAAAGUCA